UAUCUCUUAAGUAUUAUGUGUAAUGUUAAUGUAAUAACCUUAAAAUUUUUCUUCUCAGGCAAACACAGGAAGCAUCCUGGAGGACGUGGUAAUGCUGGUGGUUUGCACCAUCACAGGAUUAACUUUGAUAAAUAUCACCCUGGUUACUUUGGGAAGGUAGGCAUGAGACACUACCACCUGAAGAGAAACCAGAAGUUCUGUCCCACUGUCAACCUGGACAAGCUGUGGACGCUGGUCAGCGAGCAGACGCGGCUCAACUACGCCAAGAACGAGGCCGGCCUGGCCCCGGUCAUCGACGUGGUGCGCUCGGGCUACUACAAAGUGCUGGGCAAGGGGAAGCUGCCCAAGCAGCCUGUCAUUGUGAAAGCAAAGUUCUUCAGCAGAAGAGCAGAGGAGAAGAUCAAAGAAGUUGGUGGUGCCUGUGUGCUAGUGGCAUAAAAGUUUUUGUUUUAUUCAAAAUUUUUGAAUAAACAAUGCAUAAAAUCAGCUCAUUUACAGAA